CUUUGCUUAUCGUAUAAACAGUGCGACCGGGCUCUGCACGAAUUCUUGUUGAGAAAUUGCGGUUUUUCCAGUGUUUUUGAGUGAUUCAGCCGCGAAGAAAUGUCCGAGAUUAAGGCGGAGAGCAAGAACGACAACAACAUCGAGGAUGUGUCAAAGGACCAUUCAGCCGAAGAGAAACCAAGUCCAACGAAAAAUAAACGAGGAGGCACGAAAAGACUCUCCACACUAGAAAGGACGGCUCUAGAAGGGGAACAACUCACAAAGGAUUUAAAUGCUUCUGUUGGAGAAGUGGAAGGUAGGAGACGCACACGUAGUUCAGCACGAGGUCUAACUUCAUCGACACUUGUGCCAUCUCCACCUAAAAAAGAAAAAAGGGACACAUCGACAAAAGGCACUGGUCGUGGACGCGGACGUCCUAAACGGCAAGAGAAAAACAAUGAAAAUAAUACGGACGAAGAAGCAGCUAAUAAUAAGAGUGAAAAGCAUUCCGAAGAGGAAUCUAUGAAAAUGGAUGUAGACGAGCAUAAAGAGGAAACAGAAAAGUUGGCGGAUAGCGACGACAAAAGCAGCAACGUUGCGAAAACAGAAAGCAACAAAGAAGCCACUGAAAAGACGCUCGACUCUAAUUUCAAGGAGGAAAAAGUUGCAGAAGAGUCGGACAACUUUGCGGAAGAAACCAAGAGCUCUAGUGUUAGUGAAGAGAAAAAGGAGGACAUAAAGGAUAGCUCGGAUUCGAGUCAAGAUGCAACAGACACAACAACAGAGGCACCACCUUCAUCUUCAUCAGAGUCUCAAAAUCCCUCUAAUGCCACUACCAUUGAAGAAAAUAAGGAAUAACCUCCUUUCACCUGUUUACCAACUUCAUCAGGUACCAGGGCGGCGCACACAUUGGGGUUACAAAUCCAGUCCCCUCGUCUAUUUUAACAAAUUGACACCUCCUUGCCGAUCGUUAUUCUAAUCAGCGCACACGAGCAUUACGUUACUUCCCUUUUUAUUUUGAAGACGAAAUAUCGAGAUACGUUUGCAGUAUACAUUCAUUGCCGGGAUAAAUGCACGUUUAAUCAGUGGUAUUGAGAGUACCAUAGAGUAGUUGUUUUAAUUUAGUUUUACUCUGAUAGAGUAGAAUCACUCGUUGCGCACUGAUUAGUUGGCGACGCAAAGCGAGGUGUAGAGCGUACGUUGUUCAUGUACAAUGAUAAUAUUAUUGUAAAAUAUAUUUAAUAUGGACUUAUAUAGACAAGUUGUUUUCAAAUCAGAGCUGA